ACUUGGGCGUUGGACUCCGCAUCUUAUUAGCAACAAGGGAAAUUUCUCCAUUUUGCAGCCUGUCUACAGCGACACGGCCACCAAUCUGGGAUUUUAUUACUUCUCCUUACCUGCCAGCUUUUUCCUGCUAUUUAGAAAAAUCCUCCUCACUCUAACUGGACUUUGCUUUUCAUUUUCCCUGUGAACUUUUUCUCUGUGCAGAGAGAGGGAGACAGAAGCGAAGAGCUUUGAGUUUCAACAAAGAGGCUUGUGGGUCUUUGUUCGUUUUUUGGAUCGGUUGAGUUUCUUUGUUGGAGCGAAAAGCAUGGGAGCGCAAUUGUCCAAGACAGCUGCAAAGGCUGAAACCGCAGCAGAAAAACCCGGAGAGGCUGCUGCUUCACCCACCAAGACCAAUGGACAGGAAAACGGCCACGUUAAAGCGAAUGGGGAUGCCUCUCCCGCAGAGGACGUGCAGGCCAAUGGCAGCGCCACGGCUGAGGAGAGCCCCAAGGAGGAGGCUGAGAAGCCAGAGGCUGCCCCCGCUGAGAAGGAGGCUGCAGAUGGGGAGAAGGUAGAAGCAGCAUCCCCUGCUCCUGCCGAGGGAGAGGCGGCGGCGAAGGCAGAGGACGGCGCCACACCUUCCACCAGCAAUGAAACCCCAAAGAAAAAGAAGAAGCGGUUCUCCUUCAAGAAGUCCUUCAAGCUCAGCGGCUUUUCUUUCAAGAAGACCAAAAAGGAGGCAGGAGAGGGAGCAGAGAAUGAGGAGGCGGCUGCAGCGGCAUCCACAGAGGAGGCCAAGGCUGAGGGCGCAGAGGAAGCGGCGGCCGCUAGUGAGGAGGCCAAGCCCGCCGAGGGGGAGGCCGCACCUGCCGCGGAGCAGGCCAAGGAGGAGGUAGAGGCCAAGCCAGAGGCGGCAGAAGCAGCGCCGGCAGAGAAACCCGCCGAGGAGGCCAAGGAGGCCGCGCCCGCGGAGGAGCCGAAGGCGGAGGAGAAGCCGGCCGAGGAGGUGCCCAAAACAGAGGAGGCCGCCCCGGCCUCGCAGGAAGCGGCGUCGGCGGAGGCUCCCGCCGCGGCUGCGGAGGCUGCCGAAUAAGUUCAGAACGAGGAAGAAAUUUGAAAAAAGGAGAAAAAAGAUAAUCAAAGAACAUUUCCCUGUUUGUAUGUUGGAGUGACGCCAGGUCCUGGCUUUGAAGAACUUGUCUACAACCAGGGAUAUUUUAAAGCUUUCCUUUAUUUUUUAUUUUUGGUUUCCAUUCCCCCUUACACAAAACCCAUCUCGGUCCAUUGUUACUUCCAUUCCAACGGGCUAGGGAGGUGGGUGGCUUCAAUACGUACACCAGAUUAAACACAUCCACACUCUGCCAAUAUAUUUUUUCAUCAGUAUUAAGGGUUUUUUUUUUCUUUUUGAAUUUUUAUACAAAAUGUAAACAAAAUGGUAUGGACAUGCCCACGGUAUGAAGGAGACGGGGUUGAGCUGUAAAUGAAGG